UCAUCUGCGCCUCAGCGCAUCGUUGACCGCCUGCUGCUUGGCCUCGUCGGUCCCCUGUGUGCGCGCCAAGAUGUCCCGAAUCAUCUCCCACGCGUUGCCGCAGAUGAUCAGGUGGUUGAUAGACACGGAAACGAACGGGCCGGCUUCCAGUGAAAGUGUGGAGGUCCUGAAGCCUCGUGCGAGUGCCAGCUUCAGCGAUUGGUCGACGGUGAGGUCGAUGGGCGCCGAGAUGUCGUAGAAGGAGUCUCUCUGCGCCCAGAACUCGCGAUUGCGGCUGACAGAGGGACAGGAGGACAGACAGAAUAAUGAGGGCGGUGCUGUGUGUGGCUGGCUGCCGUGAUGAUAGAUACGCACCGCAAUGCCGUCCGAACGGCGUUGUCGACGUAGAAGCUCUGAAGCAGCAAAGACAGCCAUACGUCAUACCCACACACACGCACACAUCCACACACACACACGGAUCAGCCCAUUGGCCGUCCCCUUCUCCCUCCCUCUCACCAAGGCAUUCCGCAUCCUCGCGCGGAUCUCCAGCGGCGCACCGGCAUUGUCGAUGGCGCUGACACUCAUCGGCACCUCAUUCCGCCACCGCACCGUCACCGCAUACGUGUGGCCGCCAUAACAGUGCUCGAACGUCACGCGCCGGCUGCCGUCGCCCUGUAUGUCCGUGUGGCGGAUGGUGAGGAGGGCGGUGCCGGUGAAGAGGCACUCGCCCUGCAUGUUGAGCUCCUGGCUGAGCUUGGCCUUCAUGUCGGCGACGAUGCGGUUUUGCCUGCGGAAGUCGCCGGGCAGCUGGGGACUGAAGGAGAUGCUGUAGAUGUGCAGGUUGGUGCCUGGCUUGAACUUCACACGGACUGCAUAAGAACAGACACACACACAGAGAGAGAGAGAGAGAGAUAGGGAACACGUGUGCGGUGUGCGCUGUGUGUGUAGGGUGUGCUGCCAUCUUCCCAUUCUUGUUUCGCUCACUUGGCAGGACGCUUGCGAUGGCCUGGAUCUGCCUGCCCUUGGUGUAGUGGCCAGGGCGGUCGAUGGGCACGAUGCGAAGCUGCUCCUGCCUCUGAGGCGCCAUCUCACACUACACACGUCGUCACCGCAGUGAAGGUCACUGACACAGAUCUGCAAACACACACAGCACACACAGAGAGGGGGGGGAGGGGGAGAUGAUGCCUUGCCGAGCUGCGAGCAACCGUUCUGCAUCGCGCACCUGCAAGCUUAGCGGACAGGUGGAGGGAACCCCCGCCGUACUAACUGUGGCUCGGGGUGGUGACUAUGACGCAGGAGAGUCACUGACACCCGUAACACGCUUGCUGCUGGCGUGUUC